GGCUCACGGUAGACGGUGUCAACUAUCAUUUAAUUCUAAAACGGCGUCGUAUUAAGUUCGUACUUUGAAUUGAAGUGAAUCUCCAAUCCAUCUGGCUAUUUCCUCUUACAAGCCCCAAACCCUUGGAUUGCAGCGGCCGCUCCACUUUGAAUCCAGCACUGCUCUUUUCGUUCGCUAUUCUAACUUCUACUUUGUUUGAGUUUCCUUGUCAAAUUAAUCCGACAGAGAAUAUGGUGGUGAGGAUCCGAUUGUCGAGAUUCGGGUGCAAAAACAAACCAUUUUAUCGGGUCAUGACCGCUGAUAGCAGAUCCCCCAGAGAUGGCAAACACCUGGAAGUCCUUGGUUACUACAAUCCCCUUCCAGGUCAAGACGGAGGCAAACGGAUGGGUCUUAAUUUCGAGAGAGUGAAGUAUUGGUUAUCAGUCGGUGCUCAGCCUUCAGACCCUGUCCAACGCAUUCUUUUCAGAGCAGGAUUACUACCUCCUCUACCAAUGGUAGCAAUGGGGCGUAAAGGUGGACCUCGUGACACACGUCCAGUUGAUCCAAUGACUGGGCAUAUUUUGGAUCCGGAAAAGAUGUACAAUGAUGCCCAAUCAAAUGCCAGUGAAAGUGAUAAUGAAGCUGAAACAACCACUCCAUGAAAUUUCAAUUUCUGCAGUUCCCUUUGUCUUCUAUUUUAUAAAGUAAAUCGAAGGAUUUUUUUGGGUAGGUGAGUUGUAGUUCUAAUGAUAUAUUUGCACUGUGAUUCCUAGAAGGAUUAAUAUUGUGAAAAAUAACUCCCUGUGAACAUAAAUAAUCUAGUGACAACCCCUUUCAGGGAUGAAUUUCUUGUAGGUCCUUGAAUCAGCUUCAAAUAUAUCUAGCUUUGGUGCA